GCAUUGUAUCUUCCCAGUUAAAAGGAGUUCAAAUGGAUUUUCCCAGUAGAAAGUAUGAACGCGGCAGUAACUGGUCCGAGCCUGAGGUGGUGCAGCUGUUACAGCUGUGGUCGGAUGAAGCGGUUCAGACCGAGCUUGAGAGCUGUAUAAGGAACCAGCACGUUUUUAAUCGCAUAGCGGAGGCUCUGCAUGACCGGGGAAUUUACCGCAGUGCUGACCAGUGCCGGGACAAGAUAAAGAAACUGAAGCUGGAUUACCGGCGCAUGAAAGAGAACUACCAAACCCCGCGCGGAGGAAGAGCCCGCAAGUUUUAUGAUGUGUUAGAUCGAGUUCUGAGUAGUCGACCCGCCGCCUCUUCCUCCUCUUCCUCCUCCUCCUACUGUGCUCUGUGGGGCAACGCAAACGUGCACCAGACCUUUCCCAGUUCCUCCACCUCCUCCUUCACCUUCAGCUGUCCACCUAAACCGGGAGAGCUCAUGGAGAUUAAGUUGGAAGAGCUGAAUGCAGAUGGCGAGGAAGAGCUGCUGAGUGCAGAUGAACCGCUUUGUUCAGAGGAGGAAGAGGAAGAGGAGGAAGAACAAGACUGUAAAACAGCUGGAGAAGAUAAAGAGGAGAUAGGAGAGGCAGCAGUUAGGGGUGAAAGCGCAGCCCCAUAUGCUGGAUGGUCUCCUUCAGGUUUUAGUGAUAACAUGGCUGGUUCCUCUGGUGCAGCUGUUUCCCCAGCAGCAGUUCCUGUACAAAACACAGAAAAGGCUAACCAGGAUGACCUAGGAGGUCCUAAACAUUCAAGCACAAUCCCUCAAAGGAAACGGCGUCAGCCAGUACAAGUGGGCAGCUGUGGAAGAAUGCUAGAGAAGGCACUGACUAGUUUCAUAAGCUGGCAGCGAGUCAUGGAGGAGAGAUAUAUGUCCCUGGAGGAGAUGAGGCUGCAGCAGGAGGCAAGGGCUGAGGAGCAUAGGAUACAACAAGAGGAAAGACGGGCUCAGCAGGAGAGGGAGCAUGAGCUGCGUAUCAUUUCUUUACUUACUGGGGCUUUCAGUGCAGCCAAAGGAAACAGCAACUAUAUGAACUUGGAUACCAAUACAGCAUCAGAGCAAACGUCUAUAUUUGGGCCUUCUGUGCAUCCGCCUGGUCACCUGACUUCCCUAUCUACAACCAAAACACUACAGAGAGAUCAAGGAGGUACUAAUACACCUGGAGUGUCAGAGUUAAUGUCUGACUCCUUUAUUCACCAGUCUCAUCCAGCCCCUUCCAAACUCUCAACUGUACCCCAAUCAGUAAAGACUGGUCAGAGACCAGACAAUGGAGACGCCAGAACCAACAUAUCUAACCUCAAUCCAGCAAUGUCGGAAUCAGCGUCUUUUUCUAUUCCUCUCACCCCCUCAUGUUCAGCACAGUUCUCACCUAAGGCCUCAACACUCCCCUCAGGAUCCAGCCUGCUAACGGGCAAUCAGACACUCAAGCCCAGCAAAUUCUUGUCCCAGAGAGGCAAUAGGAUCUGCCAGCAUCAGGGAAUUCUGCAGGAGGGGUACUCACAAUACCAUGCCAACAAGUAUGAUGAGAAUAGCAACCCUGAUGGCAUUAUUAAUAUGGGAACAAGUGAGAACAAGCUAUGCUUGGACCUCCUGCAGCAACGGCUGGUGCAACCUGACAUGCUUUAUGUGGAGCCAUCUCUGCUGCAGUACCCAGACUGGAAAGGCCAUUUCUUCCUAAGAAAGGAAGUGGCUGAGUUCCUGUCAGAGCACUGCAAUUCUCCAAAGCCGCUAAAAGCCGAAAAUGUGGUUGUAAUGAAUGGUUGUGGCUCUCUUUUCUCUGCAUUAGCAGCUGUACUUUGUGAUCCUGAUGAUGCAAUCCUCAUCCCAACCCCUUUUUAUGGUGCGAUUAUGGAGGAUGUUGAUUUGUAUGGCAGUGUAAAACUCUACUAUGUUCCUCUUGACAGUGAGCCCAGCCAAAAUGAUGACAAGCCAUUUCACCUCACUGUUGAAAAACUGGAGCUCUCUCUCCAGAGUGCAAAGAAAGAGGGGGUGAAUGUAAGAGCUCUUAUCCUGGUUAACCCACAAAAUCCACUCGGGGAGAUCUACACAGCAGAAGAGAUGACCUGCUUUCUGGAGUUUGCCAAAAAACAUGAGCUGCAUGCAGUUGUGGAUGAAAUCUACAUGCUGUCUGUGUUCGAUGGCUUGUUUACCAGUGUUCUUAGUCUACAAAGGUUGCCAGACCCUCAAAGGACCCACAUUAUGUGGGGCAUUAGCAAGGACUUUGCAAUGGCAGGGAUGCGGUUGGGGACGCUGUACUCUGAAAAUAACGAUUUAGUGCAGGCUCUCGAUAAGCUGGGCUGCUUUCAUGGAGUAACAGGAACUACACAGCAUCAGGUGGCUCAGCUGCUGAAGGAUAAAGAUUGGGUGAAUAACACCUUUCUGCCGGAGAACAGGCGCAGAUUACAGGAAGCCCAUCAGUAUGUCUCCACUCAGCUGAAAAGGCUUGGCAUUCCGUAUCUGCACAAGGGUGCAGGCUUCUUUAUCUGGGCUGACUUCAGCAAGUAUUUAAAGCAACAAACAUGUGAAGAGGAGCUGUGCAUAUGGAAGUGUUUUCUGAAGCACAGAGUAUUGCUGAGCUGUGGUCAGGCCUUUAGCUGCUCCUCGCCAGGCUGGUUUCGUAUCAUCUUCUCCGACCAGCACCGACGCCUCCAGAUUGGUCUUGAAAGAAUCAAGAAGACUUUAGAGGAAAUUCAAGCCUGCAACAUGAUGUCUGAUAAUGAGAAGACAAAGGCAGAAACACAAAAGCAUUACACUAAGACAUGGGACAAUAGUGAUACAGACAGCUCCAAAGACUCAACAAUGGCAGCCCUUCUUACACCAAAAGGGCAUUCGCAAGCAAAUGGAACUGUAGGUGCAAACUUGCUAUUGGCUGAUGAAGACUUGCCAAUUGUUGACAAUGGCCAAUCCACUUCUAACUCAGAGAUUCUAGACUCCCUGAUUGGUGUGUUGAGACAGCAGAUCCACUCCUCUGAUUGGCUGGAAAAGAACAGACCAAAACUGGCUGCUGGAGAAGACCCAACACAAGCUGAUGUUUUCAAAGAUCUGUUGGACAGAGCCAGGAUUUAACAGCAAUUUCAAGAGUGCAACAUUCCAGUGGAAGGGGCAGUGUUUUAACUUUAAUGUUACACCAUGACAUCAGAGAAACCCCUCUUCCACCUCCGCUCUCUGAAAAACAGCGUAUCAUUGACUCAGGGGUGAGAACAAUGUGGGUAGGUUUGGUUACAGUAUGUUAAAUAGAGUGAGGGAAACAAGUAUUUAACCGCUUGAGUUUUUCUUAUUUCAUGUACCUCCAGUGUAAACUGUAUAUCCACUACACACAUUAUGACCAUGUACUGUUAAAUAUGAAUAAAAACCUAUGUACAAAAGUA